AUGUAUGAAAACAGGACUUCUAGAGUCCUAAUAAGAACCUCAGGUACACUCUAUAUACGCUUUUGGCGCUUAAAUAGGCGUGUGACGUCAUAUCUGACGUCACCGCCUAUUCGCGCAUGCUCAGAACGAGCGAAUUCACCGCUCGCCAACUGCGCAUGCGCGGCCCCAACCCGGAAGCAACCUCCUAGCAGGAGGCACCCUUGCUGCAGCCGGAACCCCGGCGCCGGCUUAGGCGCGCGCAAGGACAUAGCGUGCACGCGAAACUGGCGUGCACGCGAAGCUAAUGUGCCCGUGAACGAGCGGGCACGCGCGAAAACGGCGCACAUGCGCCCCAGGAGUUACAGGACGCCGGGAAGGCUAAUGUGA